AUUUGUUGUCAAGAAAUACAUUGAUGGCGGCAAAACUGACAUGAGGAUUAGAAUUAUAUUUUGGCUGUGGUUCAGUGCUUCCGGAAAUAACCCAAUCAGACUUUGACAUGGAAUUUUGCAUUAUUUCUAAUUUGUAGCAUUUAUUAAUUUUACCAAAAUGGCGAUGGAGAAGCACUACACAUUGCGGGACACCCAUACUCGCUCUAUCACGGCAAUAGGAUACAACCCCGCGAGGAGGGAGAUCUUGAUAGGUUGUGAAGAUGGAGUGAUAAAGUUUUGGGAAUCUGAGGGUGGUAAACUUGUGAUGACAGCAUAUGAGCACAAGGGAUGGGUGACUGAUUUCCUCUUCUGGGCUAGUCCCAAACUGAUGUUAUCUGCAGCUAAUGAUGGAAACAUCAUAGCGUGGUCCACUGGAGGAACAGUGUAUGACAAAAUACCAGUUGGUAUGCCUGUUUACUGCAUGGCUAUUAACCACAGAAGGGAACAGUUAGUAUGUGGAGUGAAUGGUAGUGUCCGUGUGUAUGACCUGGAUGAAGAGAGAGAGUCUGGUCAUGUGAUAAACACGGAGGUUUUGUAUGUCGCUAGAGAGCAUUCUGAUAUUGUGCGCUGCAUCUUGUGUCAUGAGUCUAGAAUUUAUUCUGCAGGAUAUGACCAGAAGAUUGUAAUCUAUGACUCCUCCUAUACUAGAGACAACAGUCUUGCCCCACUGCAUCAGCACCCCAAAGCUCAUGAUGCAGGAAUUUGCUGUAUGCUGCUGGAAAAAGACAAUGAAAACAAUCAAUGGUUGAUGACUGGUUCAUUUGACAAGACAGUGAAGAUCUGGUCUAUUGAUGGCAAGUUCACACACAAACUGGAUAAUUUUCUGGCUACAAUUUCUGGAAUCUGUUAUGUACCUCGGAACAAGACAGUGUGGGUUGCCGGUGGAACAUCGUAUGCCAGCCUAUUUGACCCUAAAUCAGGAGAUAACGUGUCUGAUUUUAUCGGAACCUUCCAACAGCAAGAAGAGGAAAAAUACCAGCUGCAGAUUCUGAAAUACAUCCCAGAGCUGAAUGAAGUGAUUGCCUCCACAAGCAGGCGCCACCUGGUGGCCUGGAAGUAUAAUCCGUCUGGUUGUAUCACGGCUCUCAAGUGUACAAGCAAUCUGGAAAGUCUGUGUUACACUAAGAAGGUCCCUAUACUGAUAUUUUCUGGUGACAAUGAGGGUGUAAUUAUUAAAUGGGAGAGAAUGCAGUCGAAUCAUUUCAUGUACAGUAAGGAGCUGUAUCAGUUAAGUGAUAAUAAGUUAAAGAAGCAGAAGAAGGUGGGGAGUAAGGCCAGGGAGCUGUUACUAGAACAACAGCUCAACCAAUCACCCUCCAAAAUGUACAACGACACCCAGCCCUCCAAAGUAGAUGCGAACAAACAGAAAAUCACAAACGUCAGAAGUCACUACGCCUACAAUCAACCACUUAUACCACCGCCAUCAGUCCAUAAGCACCCAAACACAACUAUAUUGAAGAUAGUGUUCGUGGAGAGAUUUGACUACAUCAUAGCAGCAUCUGAAGACAGCAAUAUAUAUGUAUGGGCAUUUGACUCUGAUGCAGUAAAAGCUCUAAAGGACAUGAAACCGAUGGAUAUGGAGAAGUUGGUGGCUAAAUAUAGUAUCCUGUUAGACCCAGACUCCGAGCUGCUUCCCCAAAAUAAACCCAACACACUGGAAGUCGAGGAAUCAUCUGAAGAAGAAGAAAUUAGCAGUGUUAAAUCGGAUAGUGACUCUGUAACCAAUCGUGUGGCAGGAUUUGUUUGUAAAUAUGUGUUUGCGGAGCACAUGAGCUGCGUCACCAGCAUGGUGGUUAUUGGAAAAGAACAUGGCAUGGACACCACCUACUUGCUGAGUGGAGGUUGGGAUAAAAGAAUAUGUAUCUGGGAUCUGGAGAAAGGAUCACUAGAAGGGACUUUCCGGAACACGGCCCCGGGAGCGUCCUAUGAGAGCCUAGAGUUUGCUUGUGAUGGAGUCAUUCUUGAUAUGGAUUACUCUACUAAACACAAAGAAUUUGCCUAUGCUUCCAGUGACAAAAUGGUAUACAUAAGAAAAUUUUCCACAAAUGGUGCUAAAAUGACCUUGGUAAACACAUUACAAGGUCAUGAGGGUGAGGUUACUUGUGUGCGCUGGAACAUCCACGGGAAAGGAUCAUGGGUGACUGGAUCUGAAGAUGGAACAAUCAGAAUUUGGGCUGGACAUGGUUUAAAUGAUUGUGAACAGAUCCUAGCAGCGCAUGGUGGAGUGUGCUGUAUGUGUAUUGACAAACUCAAUGGAAGUAUAGUAGUUGGAAUUCAAAACACUAUCAGGGUAUAUGAUUGUGAACAUUAUCGCUUGGUUCAGACAAAUGUCGGACACACUGAUGCAGUUCGAAGUAUUAUCCACAUCCCAGAAAGAAAUCAGUAUGUUUCCUGUUCAUGGGACCAGACAAUAAGAGUUUGGAAUGCCUGGAAAAAGCCCAAGAGAAGACUGAUUCCAAAGAACGAUAACAAGGGCAUGGUUUUGAACUCUGGAGUCGGUGACAACAAGCCCUCGACGGCGGGGUCCGAGAAGAAGGUGGCAUUUUCUGAUGUGGAUGGAGAUGAAGAGAUGGCGAAGAUUCCAGAAGAAGACGAAGACUUACAUACAGAAGCAUGACCUGUAAUCAACGAGACCAUUCCGUGCCAUAAUAGCAAAUGUGAUGCAAGUCACUUAUUCAGCCUUGGCCCAUGUGAUAUCAUUACAUGUACUGCAUACAGUGAAUUAUUCACCCCCAUUUUAUUUUUGCCCCCUCACUCUCAUUGUCAGUUGGUGAAUUUAAGACUUGAUGAAACAAUUUUUUCUCUUAUAUCUCGCUUACCACAACUGUGACUUGAUGAAUUUAAAAUGGGGUGAAACCAUCUGCAUUGCAAGUGUAGAAGGAUGAAAAUAACAGGGCAAAAAUAACUCUGUAUUCGGUAUACACUGUCUGUAAGUGCCUGUCAAUUGUGUGACAUUCAUUACUGUGAUAUGUGGAGGGGGGGGGGGGGGGGGGUUAACAACUAUUAAUUCUAUAAGUUUAAAGAAGUAAACUACUGUGCAGUAUUUUGUAUUACUUAGGCCUCAUUUCAGAUUUCAAUUUUUAAAUAUAUUUCGUCUUAUUUUUUAAUUGUUUUCUAUAUAUUCAUGAACAUUACCAUAUAUAUAGUGUAUAUUAGAUAUAUAUUAUUUACUCGAAAGAUUUAUAUUUUUAAGAGUAUAUAUUUUUAACAUUCUGUAUAUUUAUAGCAUUUUCAUACUUGUUUAUAUUUGAGUGUAUUUCGGUGUAUUAGCUCUUCAAUAAGCGGGUUAGAUCUUGUGUUUACAUGUCUCUAGUCAGUAUGGUACUGUCUAUCUCUGUUCUUACUUAAGUUUGUGUUCGUCCUCGAAUUUUUUAUUCUUUGAAUCUAUAAAUAUGCAGUUGAUGCUAUGAAUGGAUGUUUCAUUUCAGAUAAGAUUAAUGAAUGGAUUCUUUUGUUGGAGUGGAACUUUCCUAUACUGUAUUAAGUAUUGAUUGUUCCAUCUCAUGGGGUCAUUCUUCUCAAAAAUCUAUGUCUGAAAAUGGUUUGUUAUGAUUUUUCAUACACACACACACACACAUAUACAAACAAAGUAAAAACUGGAAGCCCAUACCUUGAGGCUGAAAUUACGGAAGAUUCUCACGAGUGGAUUGUAUAUUGCUCGAGAAUUUUUCGCUCAUAUGGAGACAUCACCAUUGCUGGUAAAGGGCUUCAAAAUUGAGGCUUAUGCUUGGCGCUUACAGCCUUUGAGCAGGGAGGGAUUUUUAUCGUGCCCCACCUGCUGUAACACGGGGCCUCGGUUUUUGCGGUCUCAUCCGAUGGACCAUCCCAUUUAAUUGCCUCUUAUGACAAGCAAGGGAUAUUGAGGACAUAUUCUAACCCAGUUCCCCACACGGUAUUCAACAGGGUCUGUAUCCAAAAGUAUAAACUACAUAUAUAUAGUCCAUUCCAGAUGUAAUGAGAUUCUGGGGACAAACCUAGAUUGUUCAUUACAUCCAAAGUUCAAUAUAACUGAUGUCAAAUUAUAUAGAUAAUGAAAUGGGGGAUUUAUUUUUACUUCAAUAUCAGAGAUAGUUCAAUAUAAACAACUUCAAUAUACGUGGAAAAGACUAUAUCUAUACAGUAAGAAGAAGAAAUUGAAAUUGUCUUUUUGCAUGAUAGGGUCAAUCUGCAUGCUAUGAAUAUCUUUUCAGUGCAGAUUUCAUUUAAUUAUUUCAAUUUUUUGAUCGAUGAACAAUUAAAAAAGCAGAUUUCCAGGGAUUAUGUAAUCUUUGCACUUCUCUUAAUUGUUUAAAAAUUUUGACUGUCAAACAAAUACGUAUUAAAGCAGAUUUUCUUAGAUUACAUAAUUUCUGCACUUCUCUUAAUUAUUUGAAUUCUUUGACUGACAGACAGAUUUCCAUGGAUUGCAUGGAUAAUCUCUGCAAUGUCACUCUUGCUCUGAGCUAAAUGGACAGUAUUUUGGGCUAAAAGAAUACAUAAUGUCUUAUAAACAUUUAUAGAUGAAUAGUCCAUAUAAUUAUGCUGAUCAUAUUUAUAUAUAUAUAGGAAUAUUACAGAAGUAUUUAUGCAUCUAUUGUUAAGGUCUAUUUCAUCCAUUAUAGAAAAUUUCAAUUUACUGCAUACAGUGUUAUUUUUACUGCAUAGAAAGUUUCAAUAUUAUUUUUACUGCAUAGAAUUUUUCAAUAUUAUUUUAACUGCAUAGAAUGUUUCAAUUUACUGCAUACAGUGUUAUUUUUACUGCAGGUCAAAAUCAUGAAAUUAAAAUUAUAACCUUGCCGUAUAUAAAACUGAAUUUAGAACUGCCUAAAAAUGGCCUUGGGCAAGAAACUGAAAAUAAUCAGGUGUGAAUGUACAGCUGUGUGCAGUCUACUGUAGUUGUACACAUUCUGUAUACCCACAUGUGUGUCUCUGUAAAAUGCGUUUCAAAAAGAUUUGCAACAUGAUAAUCAAUGUGCCAAAAUUCUACCAUGACCUGUAACCUAAGGAAACCAGGGUUCUGAGAUGUGCAUAUCUGCACAGUUCGGUGCUAAAUGUAUUAAUUUGGUAAGCAUUGAUGUGUCUGAUGUUGGUAUAUUCACCUAAGAUGUUGGCAUAUGCACGUAUGAUAUAUUUAUUAUGUUAGGUAAAUAUUUGGAGUUAAACAUUCCCAGAUUCUGGUGUGUAGUGUCUGUUCUGUGCAAUUUGGUUUGACUAGGUUAUUUUCUUGGUGUAUUGUUCAUUCACAAUUAUGUUGAUUCAAACCUCCUUGUGCUUUCUCUGUGUUCAUUCAUUUGUAAUAGAAAAUAAAGACAUUUUGUAUACUGUUAAAAUCCACAAUUGACAAAGUUUGUUGGUGUUUAAUUUGUUGUCUUGGUGAAAAUAAUUAAUUAAAUCACAGUGCACUGAGGUAGCUCAGUGUCAAAUUUGAAUGCAGCUCAUUACACCGAAAUUUUAUUUUUAGAUUUAAGGUAUUCAAUGUAUAUAAUGAACAUAUUUCAUUUCUAUUAAAUGAAUGGUGUAAUAUU